UCACAGUGACAGGCAAAGGCAAACGUCAGUAGGAUGGGGGAGGAAGCUGGGUUAAGUGACAAAUGUGGCUCUAGGCAGAGUUUUCUCCAUUUUUCAUUAUCAAACAAAAUCUGGGAUGGGUGCUGCUGCCACUCGGAACCAGCGCGCAUCUUGCAACCAUUGGAUCGGCUUUUCGUCAUGUUCCAUUCGGUGGGAAAGGCGGGAAAGGGAAAAAACGAGAGAAUUUGCCCCACUCCCUCGGCGGGCUGGAGCUCACUAUUAUGUAAAGCUCUGGGCGAGGGGGGGCGACUGUCAGUUUCAGUUUCACAUGGAUGGAAGUCAUAUUUAUUUACUGCGUAGAGAGAUAGAAAUUGGAUCCUCGGUUGGCGCAAUUAUUUGCUCACGCACACGGGUCCCAAAUGGUCGAUGUAGGAUUUAAGCUCGAAUUAAGCAUGGGAGUUCGUGAUGAGUUCA